AGGACUAGGGGAAAAAAAUGCAGGCCCUCCUUCUCGAAGCUAUAAUCAAUCCAAGGGUUCGGUUCGUGCAGCUCCUUCGAGGGUCCGAUUCGCAAAAGGGCCCCCCUCCCCCCCACAGCGCAUCAAAUUUAUUGCACUGCUCUGCUGCCUCUCAUGAAUGGCGUUUAUUUAAGUCUCCACCCUCCGCCCCGGGGAACUCUUUUCUGUGUAUCGCGGAAUUUUUUGGGUUCUCGGGCUCCGCCGCGAUCCCAUCCCCAUCCCCGCCUUGCCGUUGCCGUUGCCGGCCCCCCCGGUUCUCCCGGAGCUUUCUUUCUGGCCGGCGCAGUAGAGAAGCAAGACAGAAUUGCGGCGGCGCCUGCCCGCGCAAAGACGGAUGGACAUCGGCAUUCGCAAACGCAGCCUUUUGUCCUCCAUUCUGGAGAACAGGAAGCAUACACUUUUUUUUUGUCUGGGUGGAUCGCAGUAUUUGACUUGUAAUAUUUAUUUCUCUUCUUCUUUUUUCUUUUCUUUUGCAGGAAAUAAUCAGCACUGUUUGCCAAAGGCAGCUCCUGACGCAUGGCUAGUACUUAAGGAUACUUUAUGUGCAGUGCAGACCAUGAAGAUAGAUGACGAAAGGCCUUACCAAACUCAUAUUUUUCAUGAUCUUGCAUCUAACGGCAGUCCUAAAUUAGACUGUGAGGCUGAAAGACAAAGUAAUCACAAGGUUGAGGCAGAUAAAAUGGUUGAGCAAACCAAUCAAUCUGAAGUUAGCUUUGUGAAGGCUGAGCAUCUGAAUGGAGGUAAAAUUCGGAAGACACGCAUUGAGGAUUACUCCUAUGACAAGGAUGUUGUAGAGAUCAAACUGCCAGACACAGAUCUUUCUUCUGAUUACGGUGUCCAUUUUGUCAAGGAUGUCUGCAUUGAUGAAGGAGUUCUUCCAGAUCAAAAGAUUUCAUCAGAAAAGCAAGUAGACCAAAAGGUGUCUAUAAACUUUGAUUCCUCGGAAUAUACAAACGGGGACCUAAGGGAAGAUAUAAGUGCUGACUCUACAAAAACUGCACAUGAAUUAAAAACAGAAAUAGUUGUCCUACCUGUCCUGUGUGAUACUCAUAACAAUAAUACUGUGGAACAGAACUCCUCAUGCAAAAAGCAGGAUCUUGAAGAUAACAAUACUACAGAUGUAUCUACCGAUUCUCACGAUGAGGGAUUAAAUCCCAAACAAUUACCAUUUCAUGAAGUUGCACAAGAUUACCAGGAGGUUGACAGUGUCAUUCCGGAGAGCAAUGAAAAUCAGGACCGGCUUUUCACUGGAGAUGCAACCCAUCAGGUUUCAUCGAAUGAUUGUUAUGAAGCUGGAAUUGGUAUCGCGUCAGAGGCCAGUAACAUCAUUCACAAUGAUUUACCAGAAGAAUCAGCCGCUGCUGAUUUCCCGGUGGUGAUACCUGAGGAAGUUGCUGUCACUGCUGCAUUGGGUAUGGAAGUAUCCAACCAAGUUAAUCACUAUAACCCUUUUAUUGCCUAUGGAUCGCUAGACGAGACAUGGGAACCCAAUCUCUCUCUCCCUACUACUGUGGAUGCCGCUUCUAUAGCACCCAUAUGUCCUGUCGAAAAGACAGAUAGUUUUAGUGAUCUUGUCAACAGGCCACUGGAAGGAUUUGAUCCUAUUGAACUAGACGAAGCUAUAAUUGAAGAGAACAGGUCAGAUUCAGUUGAAGAAAGCUCAAGCACAUUGGACGUGCAAGCAUCUGAACAACGCGAUGAUCAGAGAGAGAGUCUCACUAAUAAUGACGUGAAAACUGAUGCAGCACAUGAAACGGGCACCGCUAUAUCUCUAUCCACCAGCAAUGGAGAGCACAGUGGCGUCAAGGGUGAGAAAUGUCAGAAACAUGAGACUGAUGGUCGAGAUACAGAUGAUUUCAACCCAAGAGAUGUGGAGCCUGGCACAAAAGUAAGCGAGGACACAACGGAUGUUAAGAGCUCAGCUCAUGUGCAGACAGAAUCUGUGGUUCAACAAAACGGACCUGAUAGCGCGAAAGUGACUACUGCACAGACUGUUAUUCGCAACCCCUUCGAGUCCAGCUUCUCUGGACCUAGCAUUACGUCAGGUCCUCUAACGCCCUCUGGUCACAUACCAUAUUCUGGCAACAUUUCUCUUCGAUCAGAGAGCAGCACAACGAGUACUCGAUCCUUCGCGUUUCCAGUACUACAGAACGAGUGGAACAGCAGCCCCGUGAAGAUGGCCAAGGCCGACCGCAGGCGUCAGAAGGAAGACCGAGGCUGGGGUUACAGAAUCCUUUGCUGUAAAUUCUGAAUGGCGCUUGCCUCCCCUGCAUCCUUUUUGCCUGUCGAGUUGAGCCCUUCGUCUCUGUCAUGCUUGAGCCCCGUGGAGGUCCAUGUUAAAUUCAUUCAUCAAAUGUUUCUCUCCUCUCCUCUCCUCUUGUCUUUCUGCUCCCCUGCUGUUCUUAUUUAUCUCUAGCAGGUUAAUGGCUUGUCGGAUUCGGUAGUGGCUUGUAAUUUACAGAACACUAUGAAGAGUGAGGACUCAAGUCAUAGCUUUGGUAUAGAAUUUGCGGAUACUUGUUCGAGUAUUAUUCCGGAUGAAUGAACAUCCAUUCAUGUGGGGUGAAUGGCGGCCAUUUGAGCCGUGAGCCCGUGAUACAGGCAUAUGCAGUAAAAUGGUGCGCAUACAUGUAAA